AUGCCGAACACUGCGCGUCCCCAGAUGUCCUCCAAUCAGCAUCUCGGCAAUGUCAGAGAACAGAGUGUUGAAUAUUCUUCUGCCGAGUCCGAUAAUGAUCAAAUAGGGGCCAAUGGCUCGUUGAAGCGAAAACGCCCCCUCACUGUCUCAUGCGAGUUGUGCAAGCAAAGAAAAGUCAAGUGCGACCGAGUCCAGCCGAGCUGUGGCUGGUGCACCCGCAAUGGCCAAUUAUGCGAGUACAGAGAGCGAAAAAAGCCUGGUCUGAGGGCUGGAUAUGGCAAAGAACUAGAACAGCGUCUCGAUCGAUUGGAAGACAUUAUCCAAUCGCAAGCUCGUCUGAUUGAAGUGCACAUCUUGCAAAAUCAAUCCUCGGUGGGUCAUGAAGUGCCACAUAUGGGAGCUCUUUCAUAUAGCUCUCCAUCAGAGCCAUCAGCUGCCCAUGGCCCAAGCCCUAGUGCUGCCCUGUACUUGAAUGAUCAUGGCUCUGCGGUCACUUUGCCAUCGCGCCGUGCGGAUAUGUCAAUGACCAGCCCAUCGGAUACAUCCGCUAGGAAUCCUUCGCAAAAUCAAGUGCAUCAUGCUAUGGCUGUCACACCAGUGGGAUCACUGAUACAAGCCCAAAGCUCGAAUCAUGAUUACUCAGGGAACGAAUCUUCCCUAAACGUUCCUGUGAACAUUUUCUCCAACCAAGAGCAGUCGCUUGCCGACCCGGAUCUUGAUCUUCCGCCAUACGAUUUGCUCUAUGCAUUAGUCGAUCUGUAUUUUGAGCACAUCAAUUCCUGGUGUCCGAUUUUUCACCGGCGAACAACACUAGAUACGUUCUUUGGCCCAACCCCUCUAGAGGAGGCGGACAGGAUGGUCCUUUAUGCCAUCGUGGCAACUACUCUUCGAUUCUCUUCAGAUGCUAGACUGAACGACCAAAACAGGAAGCGCUACCAUAACUCAGCCAAGCAGAAAGUCCUCUUUUAUGGCUUGGAAAAUUCGUCAGUCAAAGCACUUCAAGCCCUUGUGAUACUGGCACUAGAUCUGGUUGGGUCAUCGAAUGGCCCGCCUGGAUGGAAACUCCUUGCGCUGAUCACACGAUCUGUCGUUCAGCUGGGCCUAGCCGUUGAACCUAAGUCAUCUCUCAUUAAUCCGCUCUAUCCUUCGAUUUAUACGUUGAGAGCUGUCACUCUAUCGGAGCCAGACUCUUGGAUUGAGGACGAGAGCAGGCGACGUCUAUUUUGGAUGGUAUAUCUGCUAGAUCGGUAUUCUACCCUGGCUACUGCUUUCAAUUUUGCCCUCGAUGACAGGGACAUUGACCGCAAACUCCCCUGCAAAGAUGAUUCCUUCAUGAAAAACCAACCGGUUGAAACAAGGUGGUUCCAGUGCUCCAGCGAUCGUGCAGACUAUCUCAGCCAUGCCGAGAAUGUCGGCUCCUUCGGGCUUUAUGUGGAGAUCUUAGGAAUUCUCUCGAGAAUUCACCUAUUUCUCAAAAGACCUGUGGAUAUCGGUGCUCUAUCCGAUGUUGAAGAAUGGCAGGCAACCUAUCGCAAGCUUGACAACGAGUUGACAUCAUGGGAAUUCAAUCUUCCCGCAGAAUACGCCUACGAAAACUCAUCUCGACUCUUUAGCGGGCCAAAACAUGGUAGGCCUUUGCACAGUGACUGGGUGCAGCUACACGCAACAUACCAGACGGCUGUGAUCCGCCUACACUCAUCAGCAGCAUACCCAACAACCCGAUCCCCAAUAUUUACACCUUCAUACAGCGCGAGUCAGCGAUGUCUCCUCGCCGUUGAAAACAUCUUAUCAGUGACACGGUUUGUCGUAGAAAACGGCAUGCUAGACAAGAUGGGCCCGCCCUUUGCUUUCACGCUCUGGGUCUCAGCACGUCUCCUUCUCGUCCACGGCUCAACAAUCGCACAUACUGUCAGCGCAGAUAUCAUUUUCUUCGUGGACACGUUAUUCCAGCUCGGAAAAUACUGGAAGGUUGCAGAGCGAUACAGCAACAUCCUUCAGCGUGUCUUAGAUGAAUACAACGAAUACCAACAAUCCACUGCCCUCGACGGCGAGCGCUCCACGCCAUCAACAGUCAAAAUUCUUGCCGACAUGCGUCGUUGCGCAUUCGACCUGGACUUCCUUAUCUCCCGCCAACCCCGAGAAUCACCCGCAGACAACGGUAUAGGUGAUAGCCACCAGUCAGGCCCCACUCAGGGGAUGCCGCGGAAUUUCGCCCCCAACGAACUCGAAUACCUCGACGUCUUCGGCUUCUUCAAUGUCCCCCGUGUCCCUCCAGCUCGGGCACCUGAAAGUACCGCGCAACAGAUGAACAUCUCCGAACCAGUACCGGAUCCGAUGUCCAUUCAUGGAUUGACGGCUGCGGAUCCACCUUCUGGGGUUGUUGAUACCAGUCACGCUAACUCAAAUGAGUUCAAUAUCACCAAUUAUUUGAUCCCGACACCGGAGACGGAUUGGCUCUUCCGUCCAUCUUGA